AUGGCCAGGGAGCCCGCGCCGAAACUGAUGAUGUCGUCGUCGUCAACACUGCCCUCGACGAUCUCUCCACCGACAUCUGCGAUUGGCGAGAGGCCGGUUAAGUAUCCGUUUUGGUUUGGUGGUAGUUCGAGCUGUCUCGCCGCGUGCGGCACGCACCCGUUUGAUUUGGGUGAGUCUCCCUACGCUACGUUCCAAGUCCGCAUGCAAACCCGUAAACACCCCGAGGCACCCCGAUCUAUGAUGGCCACUUUUGCAUAUAUCUUACGCCAUGAAAGAAUCCCUGGGCUGUACAAUGGCCUUCCGGCCUCUCUCGUCCGACAGAUGACCUAUUCAACCACUCGCUUUGGCAUGUAUGAGUCUCUCAAGUCAAACCUCUCGCCCCAUGGCACCCCUAUGACCCACUUACUGGCAAUUGCCUCCAUCUCUGGCUUCGUCGGCGGUAUCGUGGGAAAUCCGGCGGACGUGUUGAAUGUGCGUAUGCAGCACGACACAGCCCUCCCAUUGAGCGAAAGGCGAAACUAUAGGAGCGCACUAGAUGGCCUAUUACGAAUGAGAAGAGAGGAAGGUUGGAAGAGUCUUUACAAGGGUGUAUGGCCGAACAGCCUCAGGGCCAUGCUUAUGACUGCGUCUCAGUUAGCCUCAUAUGACGGCUUUAAGCAAGCGCUCAUGGAACACACCCCCCUAGAGGAUAGUCUUACUACCCAUUUCUCUGCUUCCCUUCUAGCAGGCUUUGUUGCUACGACCGUAUGUAGUCCGAUCGAUGUCAUUAAGACACGGGUCAUGAGUUCUAGUACCAAUAGAAGCUUCUUACAGCAGCUGCUUGACAUUUGCCGCAACGAAGGUAUAGGAUGGGCACUACGAGGCUGGGUGCCCAGCUUUAUUCGACUUGGACCACAAACAAUCUUUACGUUUUUAUUCCUCGAACAACACAAAAGGAUCUACAAACAAGUUAUUUGCUGA